GAUUAAUGUUAUAAAAAUGGUUGAAUCUCGUUUUUGAACUAUUCGAUCCAAGUAAUUUGGUUUUUGGAUUGGGUUCGUAGCUCUGACAAACUUGGACUAACUUGGACAAAGUGGGUACGAGUUCUGACUUCUGAGUCGCUGUUUCUCUUUCAACUCGCCUCUCAAGGUUUCAUUGCGAGUAAUAUAAUGGAGAAGGAAGUUGACAAGAAAUUUGUCUGGGUGAUAAAGGAUCUCAACGUUUUUUAUCCUAAGCAGAGUCAUUCUGAUCCCUUUCUGAUUGCUGGCAGUAGAUGGCGUCUUCUAGCCUUACCAAAGGGAACUAACUAUGAGUUCUUCUAUCAAUACAUGGGGGUUGCUGAUUCUUGUCAAUCACUGACUUCUUCAUGGAGAAGACAUGUAAAACUUCGCUUAACUAUAGUAAAUGGAAUUUCUCAUAAACGCUCCAUUGUGACAGAUUCAGACCUAUACUUUGAUGAGAAUCUUCCCGCUUGUAGUUAUCCAACAGUACCACCCCCUUUCAACCUUCUUGCAAGAGAUGCAGGGUUUCUGAUUUGCCGAGAAAUAACAAUUGUUAUUGAGGUUGUUUCUCUUGAAGUUAUUGGCACAUCAAAUAAUGAUGGUGCCAACUCUAUUGAUUUACUCAAACAGACUCAACAAAUCAUUGAUGUCAAUGGGUUUCAAGUUCUUCCUUCACAGGUAGAAUCUGUGAAGCGUAUAUUUGAAAUAUACCCAAACAUUGCAUCAGAAGUCCCUUCAAUGAAACCAUGUCUGAAGACAUUAUACAUGAAUGUACUCCUCGGAAUAAUUGAAACGCUGUGCCAACUGCCUGCGGAGCUCUCUGAUACUGAUCUGGAUGAAGCAUCCAUUGCAGUUUUAUUCGUGUCACAAGGUGGCUUUAAAGUGGAUUGGUUGGAGAAGAAGCUCAAGGAAGUAAAGGAAAAGAAGAAGAAUGUGGAUAAUGGUAAGGCUCGGCUGCAACAAAUAGAGGAAGAUUUGCAGAAACUCAAUCAGAAACGCUUAGACCUGAAAGAUAUUCUAGACAAGGAGAAAGCAAAUGACUUGACCGCUAAUGUUCCUCUCUCGUUCAAUGAUGUUCUUAAGAUGUUUUAGACAAGGCUUUGAAAAACUGCCCUCUGAUAAGGCAGAGACAUUUUGUGGAGAUCCUCUAUAGGUUGAUGUCUUGAGUUCUUUCUUAGGCAUUUUGUGCUAAAGCAUUGUGCGCUUGAAGUGUUUUUUUUUUAAAUUACUUUAACCAACAUUAAAUUUAGAAAAGUUU